CUGACAGCUAAAUACACCUACAGAGACCGGUGAUAGGCAGAUUAUCUUGGGUGCAAUACACUGAACCAACCCGUUGAUCUGAGUAAUGAACCAGAAAACUGCUUGAUAUAUAUUGAGCUGCCUUCCACGGUCUCCGUCUUCCUAAAUCAGCAUCAACUCAAUCAACUGGUCAUCACUGGAACAGGAUUCCAACACAACGAGACGGCUCCGACACUUCAGAGAAACCUUUUCUCUGGAUUUGUGGAACCUGGAAGAGAACAUCAGGGAGAUCUGGCUCCCAGUUGGUGUUUCAUCCCAGACGGGUUGGAUGUUGAGGUCAGGGCUCUGUGCAUGAUUGUCCAGUUCUUUCACACCAAAUUCAUACUUCUUUUUUUUUUUUUUUUUGCGAACAGGGCAUUAUGAUGCUGAAACUGCAACGGGCCUCAGCUUCCUCAAUCUGCUGCAACAAACAUGGAAGUCUAUUGCAACAUUUGCAUAUCUCUUAUUUUGAGGCCUCAAUGCCAAUGUUUCCACAUACUUUUUCCACAAUCAUGUCAAAAAGAGUAUCGGAGGAUGGUCACGGGCCAUGAUAUUAAUCUGAUCUCACCUGAAAUAACCAGCCUUCAUUCCUCUCUCUCUCUCUCUAUCUACAGCAGUGUUUCUGUGUUUUGGAGCCUCCAGGUCGUUCUCUGUCUACUCCACAGCUUGAUGUGUUUUGAGUUCAUCCCACAGCCUACUCUCAUUCGUCGAUUAGCAUUGAUGACUGGCAGAAAAAUGAUGCUCUCGUGUCCCAGGUAUUUGCUGAGGUUUCUGUGAUCGGAAACGGGAGGGAGAACCGCCCUCCCCCAAGCAAGCUGACAUGAAGAAACAAGGUUGCAGGCUGAGAGGAGGCAGAUAAAGAUCCCGGAAUGGACAGAAACAGAUUAGUGGAAACAAGGCUAAGGCCACACGGGCCAGUGUCAUUUCACAGGCACGAGAGAGGAAUUAAUAAAGGCGUGACAGUCAUCAAUGACUUUGUGCUGUGGAAUCCACUAGUUGGAUUCGGAGGUUGUAAAAGGUUAAUUAAAGUAAAUUACUGUUUCAUUUAGUCGAAGAUCUCAAUGAAAGGUGUUCUCCCGUCUGUGAUUCUAAACACCCCUGAUGACGCCAGAAGUAUUUCUAUAGGCGCAUAAAGCCACUGGAUCACCUAACAUGUCACCGUCUCACAUGAUGGCCAAAAGCGAGGAGCGGGCUAAGACGUACAAGUAUUUCACAGUGAAUGACUAGAAAAAUGUAUUUAUUGAUCAAUCCAAGUUUUAGAUUUGUGUGAGGAGACAAAUAGGAAAGAGAAUGAUGCCGUAACAGACAGUGAAACAUGGUGGUGGGAGUAUUCAAGUCUUGGGGUGUUCUGCCUACACGCAGGGGUUGGUCACCUGCAUCAACUAGACUGCACCCUGACCACGGAGAAGUAUCACUCCAUUGUUCACAAAUGUGCUGCACCCUCUGGUUUUACAUCUUUGUGGAGAUGGAUUCACACAGCAGCACGAUAAUGAUCCCAAACACACCUCAAAGUUUGGUAGGAAGACUGAGGAAUAGGGAGUCCUGACUGUCAUGGACUUUCCUUCACUGGUCACACGGGCACUUGAAGACUUAGAAGGCCAACUAUACCGUGAUAUUGCAUGUUCUUUUACAUGGCAUAAUAUGCGUUUGUAUGUGUGUGUGUGUGUGUGUGUGUGUGUGUGUGUGUGAGAGAGAGAUAGUCUUAAAACUUGGUAAACUUAAAGCAAGUUCAUAAUAUAACUUUAAAAAUAUAAAUUACUUUCUACUUUAUUAUAUAUAACACAUCCCUGCCAAAAACUUUUAAUCUGGUGGAAAAUGUUAGAAAAGUCUCAAAGACAGAUAAUACUAUGUUCAGUGGGCCUCAUUUUAAUGGCCAUAGUGUAAUACAAGAGUUAACAUCAACAUUAUACAUUUUCAUUAAGAGUCAAAUCGGACCUGGAACAUCAACAAUUUCUCUUGAGAAAAUGUUCGGUUUACAAACAGAUAAACAAUAAAGUCCACGAACAAAUCACCAGUCCAGGAUCUGGCGAGGAGCGUGACACCCCCUCUUCCUGUCUCACACACUUCUACUCGUUCAUUGGUGCUGACAACGAUGACACUCAUGACACUGAAUAAAAUCAAACUUCUUCAAAAGUUGUUAUUUUUUACUAUAGAGAGAACAUAACAGAGCAUUUUCACUGUUUUGGUACGCAAAUAUCAAAAAAUGAAUAGCAAUCAGAUAAUAUUGCUCACUUUCCACCAUAGCAUCACAGAUGAUGACUCACUAGUGUGUGAUUUCCCUGGUGUAAACACCACUUCUACUUCAAAUCAUGCUCGACUCUUCCUCUUUUAACAUCACUGCACGUGUGCAGCGAACACCCCGGGAACCCAUCACCCCGUUGUUUUUGCAAAGGGGUUUUCAAAAAUCUAAUUUGCUCGAAAGCAGGAACUGAAGGUGCUGUAGACGGAGGGAGAGGGCGGGAGCGGGUUACACUGGGCUGAGCUCCAAUUCGCAUGCAGCUACAGUGUCAGUCAGGACUCGGAGGCUGCACUUUUUGGCUUUUUCGACACUUCACGCUUAGCAUGUUCCUGCCAGCCGCAGCCAAAAGUGGUAUCAGUGAUGAAUAAGGAUGGAGCUCAAACCACUCAUCUCCUGAUCAGGGCUGGAGAGGAGAACAGUACCACUGUCGACAUAAAUCUUUCACCACAUCCUGUUCAAGAUAUACUUUCCCAAGGGAAAACAGCAGUGAGCCAAUAAACCCUCGAGAUGGGAGAGCAUUAUCACAACAGGCACCAAACAACAUGAGACGUCUGUGCCACAAUCUGAUAGUGAAGGAAAAAAGCAAGCCUACACAAGCUGUGGAUGACUCAGUGGCUGUUGGUGAGUCCUCUUUAUACUGGAAGUCACUGGCUGAUUUGGAGGAUAUGAUGGGGGGUGAAAACACUAAAAGGUCUCCACUUGGUUUAUUGAAGAAGUGCAUCCUCUUUUCCUUUCUCUUUGUUUUAAUGCUGGGCCUUUACAAUGGCUCGCAGAGAGGAUUCCAGGCUCUGAAACCCAUAAAUCCCAGCACCUCCUUUGACAACAGGACCAGCAGCAGCAGAAAUUUGACCAUCUUGCUGUGGUACUGGCCCUUUCACACAUUAGAUAACCUGAAGAGCGAUGUGUGCUGGGACGUCUACCGUAUCCCUCGCUGUAAACUGGUGGACCAGCGCUCCUUGUUCUCCUCAGCUGAUGUGGUAGUCUUCCACAACAGAGAGCUGAUGUCAGGCUACGAGAAGCUGCCCUUAGACCUUCAACGGCCGCAUUGCCAGAAGUGGGCCUGGAUGUCCCUGGAGGCCCCUGCUCACAAUGGAAACUUGCAGCCGUAUGCGGGUAUUUUCAACAUGACUAUGACUUACAGGCGGGAUUCUGACGUGACUAUACCCUACGGCGAGCUGCUUCCGAGGGAGGCUGAAGGACAACUGGUGCAAGACGACUUUCAGAAUAAGAGCUCUCUGGUCUGUUGGGUGGUCAGCAACUACCAGAGCCACUACAAGAGAAGCAAAGUGUACAGUGAGCUCAAAGCCGUGGUUCCUGUUAAGGUUUAUGGCCAAUGGACAAAGACACCACUCAAAUCUAGCGCCCUCUUACCUACAAUCUCUCGCUGCUACUUCUAUUUGGCCUUCGAGAACUCGGUCGCCAAAGAUUAUAUCACAGAGAAGCUGUGGAAGAAUGCUUAUCAAGGUGGGGCAGUGCCCGUUGUCCUGGGCCCGCCGUUGAGCGAUUAUCAAGCUGUGGCUCCACCUAAUUCUUUCAUCCACGUUGAUGAAUUUGCGUCGGUUAAAGAUUUAGGAAAGUAUCUAGAAGAGCUGGCAAAGGACAAGAAACGCUACAGUGAAUAUUUCGCCUGGAAGCAACACUGGGAAGUAAAACUGUACACUGACUGGAGAGAGAGACUGUGCAAGAUCUGCCCACGUUAUAACGAUUUACCCCAGCAGAAAGUUUACUCUGAUUUAACGGCCAGCGACAAAUAAGCAAUUGAGCUUGCAUAGUUGUGGUUGAUUAUUAAAUUGAGAAUUCAACCACGACAUCUUGACCUAAGUUUGUGCAUCAAGACCAACAUAUUCCCCUUCAUUCUAUUAUUUGUAAAUGCAUAUUUUCAUUUUGCCAUAAUGCUGUUUAAGAAUAAAUAGGCAUAGAACUUUUUGAAGAGGGGUCAAUAGUAGUAAGUAUCCAGACCAUUUGAUGUGAAUAAAAAAAAAAUCAGGGGAAAGGGAAUAAACAUUUCAAAAAGCCUUGAGAAUUCCCCAGACAACAUCACCUGGCCGGCUAAUAACAUGCCUACGGUGGAGGAUCACGGUGGCUGCAGUGGGCUUCUCAGCGAGAGGAUUCCAUGGAGUCCUUCGCACCGCUGAAAUUGCAACGUUGAUGCCUGAAGGCGAUUGAACAAAUACUGUAAAUUAAAUGUCUUUCAAAUGUGAUGCUUUUAUAUUUUCAAAAUGCAGCACCAUUGAAAAGAUAACAUGUUAUAUGGCUCACUGAUAUACAUAAAAAAAACCAUUUCAUAUAACUGCAUUGAUUGGGUCUUUUUCAAUGUCCAACACAAUCAUUUUUUCCCCUUCCAAAUAAAACUAAUUAACUUGAA